AUGACGAGCAACUCGCAUCUCUCGAAGCUUGUACCCUGCGUCCGGGACCACCUUGGUGCCAUUGGCGCGUCGAUAGUGGUUGAGGGCCUCAAGAACAAGCACUUCAACGGUAGGAAGCAAGUCGCUACCUUGGCAGAGGAUAUGACAACUGCGCUCACUCUCUGCAAGGAGGUGGGCGAAGCUCCAAAGCCAGAGAACUUCCCUGGCAUCUGCGAAGCGGUAGUGCGCGCGGCCAUGGGGGAAGCCUUUGAUGCCCAUGCUGAUGGAGAAGACGACGACGAUGAGAUGCUGCUCCGGGUGGAGAACCUGCUGCUCAUGUAUGGCGCCGGCCAUCUGCUGCUCAAGGACACGACGCUGGAGAUGCGAAAGAACUGCCGCUACGGUGUCGUAGGCCAUAACGGAGCUGGCAAGACGACCCUGAUGAAGGAGAUCGCCGCGCAUCGCAUUGUGGGCAUGCCGCCGGACUUGAAGUGCGUGCAUGUGGACGACUCGAAGCUCGGGGAGAUGAGCAAGAGCUAUCUCACAGCUCUCGAGUACUGCAUCAAGAUGGCCAAGGAUAUUGGCGUGAACAACGCCGGCCGAGACACGUUGCUGAAGGUUGGCUUCGACGAGGGCCGCCUGAAUGACCCCGUUUCGGAGCUGUCGACAGGAUGGAGGAUGCGCUUAACCCUGGCCGUGUCCAUGCUGAAGCAUGCGGACCUUGUACUCUUGGAUGAGCCUACGAACCACCUUGACGAGGAGUCCGUCCACUGGCUAAGCGACUACAUCCUGUCAAUUACAUCGUCCUCUGUCAUGGUCAUUUCGCACGAGCCCAAGUUCUUGAACAAGAUCUGCACCCAUGUGGUUGCCUACGUGGACAAGAAGCUGGAGUACACAGAAGGCAACUUCGACACCUUCGCGAUGAAGAAGGGUCUGAGCCGGGAGCAAAUCGAUGCGAUGUUGUCUGGCAACCUCAGCUUCGACACUAAGAAGGAAGGCGAAGAUGAAGAGGAAGGAGGUGAUGUUGCCAAGGUCUCAGCCCCAGUGGCCGGGCCGCCAAAGCUCACCUUCCCGAUUCCUGGGUCCAUGGAGGGUGUCAAGACUGGCUCCAAGAGUGUGCUCGAGAUCAAGCACGUGUCCUUCCGCUUUUCGAAGGACAAGGACUAUCUCUUGAAGGAUUGCUCCGGCAAGCUCAGUCUGAGCUCGCGGGUUGCCAUCUGUGGCAGGAAUGGGUGUGGCAAGUCGACCCUCAUGACACUGCUGUGUAGUGAGCUGCAUCCCUCAGAGAACAAGGAUGGCUCUCACGGUGAGGUGUGGCGCCACCACAAUCUUCGGCUGGCGUACAUGAAGCAGGAUCACCUCAAGGCCUUGGGCCCCUUCUUCGACACCUCACCGUUUGUGUACAUUACCGAGCGCUUCAAGGAUGGCUAUGAUGGCGAUCUCCAGAAGAGGCUGAUCGAGCCAGAAGACGAAGAGGACGCCCUGCGGCGAAAGGAGCUCGCAAAGCAGCACGGCAAGUACGGGAACGAAGUAGCCGAGCUCGUGAGCCGAACGAAGGUGGGAAACCAUUUGGCCUAUGAGGUACGAUGGGAAGGCCUCGAUGAUCCAAAGCAGAACACCGUGGAGCCCAUAUCCAAGCUGAAGGCCAUGGGUUUGGACAAGGUCAUCAUCGCCUGCGAUGAGCGGAUCGCGGCCAAGGCGGCCGGCCUUGAUCAGCGGCCGCUCACCCGGCGAGAGAUUGUCAGGCACUGCGAGGCAUUCGGCAUUGACGAGGAGAUGUGCUGCAAUCGUCAGAUUCGUGGCUUCUCAGCGGGUCAGAAGGUGCGCUUGUCCCUAGCAGCCAUGUUUUGGACCAAGCCGCACUUUAUUGCCGUGGAUGAGCCCACGAACUACCUGGAUGUUGAAACAGUGGAUGCGUUGGGCAAGGCACUGACAACUUUCCGUGGUGGCAUCAUCAUGAUCGAGCCCAAGACAGACUUUGUGGAGCGCAUCUGCAACGAGAAGUGGCUCUUGGAGGAUGGAGUCAUGAAAGUCGAGAAGCUCAACAACGGUGUGAAACGACAGGCCUAG